GCUCUGACUUAAAUUAGAAGAUGCAUUUAGUAAAUCAAACAGUGUUUCAUUUAUGUAUUUUUCACACUUUUAGAAAUUUACAUAGUAAAAAUGCUGGAUAUUUCAGCUUCCUUCUAAUUGUUUAAACUUUUAGUAGAUGUAAUCAUGUGCCAUUAUUAGGAUUUAUCUUAAUUUCAUGUAGUAAUGAGACACGAAAUGGUUUCUAACUGGUUUACAGUGGCCACUGGUAAAUCUAAGCUGGGCAUCUGUUACCUUGUAUUCUCAGACUGUUGGUUGGCUUAGGUCCAAGUAUGAAAAAAAUCUUGUCUGGUAUGAAAUUUGGUUUCUAAAGGGCUAUACGGGAUUUUUUCCAAUGGCCCGCAUGCUCGGAAUACAUUUGUGCGCUCUUUACGCACGGGUUCGCUUUGCUCUUCCUUUACGUCUCCUUUAAGAAGUCCAAAUGCCCUCUCCUCCUCCUCCUCCUCCUCUCCACGCUCCUCACAUCUCAUAGAGGUGUUAUUGCAUUAAGAAUAAACCAGCCAAGCGAUCAAAGACCCGAAUGGAGUUUGCUUUUUCACCCUUUGGCUACAAAUCUUCGAUUGGAAAUAGAAAAACAGAGCAGACAUCCGAAGCGCACUUUGGUUAUUUCGGAGCGUCGAGAACUGGAUUUCUAACUUACUGAUAGCCAGCUUUGCGUUUGUUGGGAAAGCUGACCAGGAGUAUUUGGGUGGAUUACGAUGUUAUUGUUCAUCAGGGGCACUUGAGCUGGGUGUUUAGGAGAGUUUUGAAUGCGGUGUGGGACUCGCCGGGCUCGCUGCACUGAUAUCCGGACGCGUUGAGAAAAGGGAGUCGGUGACACGGAGUCCUCAUGGCGCAACGGUACGAGGAUCUGGUCCAUUACGGAAUGGAUGCGGUCGGGAUCCCGUCUCCGAUGUACGGUGAUCCUCACGCGGCCAGAGCGAUGCAGGCGGUGCAUUUGAGUCACGGCCCGCCGCUUCACCAGUUCCCCGCGGCUCCCGGCGUCCCGUCGCCCGUUAACGACGCACUAAAACGGGAUAAAGACGCCAUUUACGGGCAUCCUCUCUUCCCUCUGCUUGCACUAGUUUUCGAAAAAUGUGAACUGGCGACUUGUACGCCGAGAGAGAGCGGAGUGACCGGCGACGUCUGCUCGUCUGAGUCCUUUGACGAAGAUAUUACAGUAUUUUCAAAACAGAUAAGGGCGGAAAAACCUUUCUUCUCGUCGAAUCCAGACUUGGAUAAUUUGAUGAUUCAAGCCAUACAAGUGUUACGAUUUCAUCUCCUCGAAUUAGAGAAGGUACACGAGCUGUGUGAUAAUUUCUGUCACCGCUACAUCAGCUGUCUGAAGGGAAAGAUGCCCACUGAUCUGAUGGUGGAUGAUAAAGAGGGGGGAUCCAGAUCUGACGGCGAAGAAUUUACACGCACUCCAGGCGGGACAGACCAGGCGUUCUGGAGGGAAGACGACGCCGCAUCUGUUCAUUCUUCUGGAGCUCCUGCGGCUUGCGGCAGACGGCCCGGCUCACACAAUGGAGACAACAGCAGCGAGCACGGUGACUUUCUGGAUCAGAGUGUUGCGUCUCCGAGCACAGGAGAGGAGGAAGACCCUGAUAAAGAGAGGAAGAACAACAAGAAAAGAGGCAUUUUUCCCAAAGUGGCAACCAACAUCAUGAGAGCAUGGCUAUUCCAGCACCUCACGCACCCGUACCCCUCUGAAGAACAGAAGAGGCAGCUGUCCCAGGACACUGGACUGACCAUCCUGCAGGUCAACAACUGGUUUAUCAACGCCAGGAGAAGAAUCGUCCAACCGAUGAUCGACCAGUCCAACCGUGCAGGUCACAGUGGCCCAUACACUCCUGAUGGUCAGCCAAUGGGAGGUUUUGUAAUGGACGGACAGUCGCACAUGGGCAUCAGACCACCAGCGGCUCUGGGUGGUCUUGGGGGAGUGAAUAUGGGGCUGGAGAGUCAGUGGCACUACAUGUAAACAAACCCCUGGCAUCCUGCUGAACACAGCAGAGCAGAGAGUCAGGCUUUUUGGCGAGAGGAUCGAUCCUUUGCUCACGACUGGAUUGGAUUGGAUUUUGACUUGCACCACCAUGAACGGCCUUUAUUCAACGGUACAAAAACCCCUAUAGCUUCGCUCUCCAAACCAGGUGGCACAGACGCAUUCAAGAUGGCCGCCGGGACUCACGUUCCCUGUGAUGGGCAGAUCAACCGUAUCAGGACAGAGAGAAAACAAUACAGAAUAAAGCAAUGCCUCAACACCUGGACGGAGCCGCUCUGGGCUGGGAGAUUCCUUCACGUGACCUUUCACCUGGAACCAGGUGAAUCUUCAAGUGGCCUGGAACGUCAAAACAGAGUCUCGUCUUUCAACUCAAGUGCCACCUCAAACGAAGAGUCAUUAUUCUGCAGACAAAAGCCCGGGAGUAUUUUCGCAGCGACAGACGUCACGUCUAUUACAGGAGUUCAUGAUCUAAUUUGUGCAGAGCAAUUCAAUACAAAUCCUGUAAAUGUAUAUAAUGCUGCUGGAUGUGUCAAACGUGACACAGAAAAGGUUCAUAAACGCUGGUGUUGCCUGACGAAUGCAACUAAAGGUUUCUCACACAUCAUUUACUGCAGUAGAAAUGCGCUCAGAUGCAUUGGGAUGGUCAAUGGUUUUGAAAGGUACUAAUGAUUGUUCUGGAUUUGACUGACGUGAGCUGAGCUGUAUAUUCACACUAUGUGUGUGUGUGUGUGUGUGUGUGUGUGUGUGUUUGGUUUUCAGUGAGUGUGGGUUUAUUCACAUAAAAAUUCAUACCUCAACACGUGUUAUAUCA